AUGUAUACAGGCUACCGCGCCAAAAGAAUUGAUGGCGUGCAUACAUCGCCAUUGCAGCAAUCUGCAUCCGACUCGCAAAGGAUGUUACAUUCAACGUCAGCACUGACAGGCAUGGACGCUGCCAAUGCAACAACAGCGGCGAGGACGAAGGAGAGACGCAUUGUUUUUAUCGACGCCACGAUUUUGAAUUUCCCUAAUGACAAGUUGAGUUCUUCCGCGUUACUAUGGACUUGUAUCCACCCGGGCUUCCCGCUUCCGAUAAACGUCACGAGCGCUUCCGUGCGCAGAUUGCAAGAAGUUGACAAUACCCCCGUCACCUACCGAGGACGACCGUGGCAGACGCCAUCCGCCACGCCCUAUGGUGCUGGUCCAUCCGAGACACCGCUACGCACGCCACGCGGGGAGCCACUGACGACACGCCCGCGGUAUGAUAUCGACUCAAGUCUAGACGACUUCCAGGCGCAGUAUACCUCGGAAGACAACGCUAGCUUUACACAGAAUAUGGAUGAGGAGAAUCGGAAGCGCAAGGAGAGGUAG